UGAACUUUCCAGCUAUUAAUUAAACACAGUGAAUUAUGAAACUGUUGCUGAAACAGCAAAGAUCCAAUAGUACUCAUGGUUUCAUUUUAUUUUUUGAUUGUCUCUCUCACAUCUGUCAUACUUCAGUUGCAAGGAGGUUUGCCUGUAAUAUUCCCAGAAGCUGUGCAUGUUGUGGAAGGAGGUGAUGUUUUGCUAAAAUUGCUAAGGAGCAAUCCAAACCAAAGAUCAUGUCUUCUUAAAACACCAAACACAUCAGUUAUUUAUCCACUUAUAUCAGAGUUUGCUCAUCAUCAAAAUGAAUAUCAAAAGAUAAAAUAUUUUGGUGGUAAUAUACAUACAGAUUGUGGUGUCCGGAUUAAUAAUGUAACUGCUGAAGAUGUAGGAUACUGGCGACUUACUUCAAUAUCACAUAUUUAUGAGAAGGUUGAGGGUGCUUCGAAAAUAUCAUUAAGUGCUAGUUCUUCUUCAGCAGUGAAGCUUUUGAUUGGUACUAAGCCUGUUAUAAACUUUGGUGAUCUCCAGCAUUGUACUUCAUAUUACAUGAAUAAUAAGUACAAGGAAAUAAAUGCAGAUGUUAAAAAUGCUUCUUGUACUAACAGUGAAGAACUUGAUUCUGGAUGGACAACUUAUAAUUCUUUAGGCGGAAGUUUAACACUAUUUUGCAAUUUGAAAUGCAAAGAGAGACUAGCAUCUUGCUACUUUAUUCGUCUAUACGAUCAGGCAACAUUCAGCAUGGUUGAUGGGACCGGCAAUGGCAGAUACAGUUAUUUUGGAGAUGGACUUUGUUCUGGUCAUUGUGGUAUAACUAUUGAUUCUCCUCAGGAGAAGGAUUACGGCAGAUGGCAGUGCAUUGUUUUAACAGCUCACAGAAGAAAACCUCUUUCUUCUUUUAUCUCUAUUUCUUCAGAUAUAGGAGAUGUUGCUGCAGCUGAAAAAAUUCAAGUAUGGGAUAUUGGUAACACUGUUGUACUCUUGGGGCAACCACUGACAUUGAAAUGCCGUGUUGAGACACCAAUAAGUGAAUGUUCACUGGUUCAUCCAAAUGGUUCAACAAUUGUGCUUGACACAAAAGAAGGGAUUUACAACAGUACAGAAAUGUGGAAAUAUGAUGGUUUUAGUCUUGAUGCAGGUGACUGUGGAGGGACACUGUUUGCUGCAACUGAGGAAGAAUCUGGAAUUUGGAAAUGUCAAAUGAAGACACUGAGGCCAACCAACACAAUUUAUGCAUCACAGAUUCAGGUGAAAGUGACAAAAAUCCCUUUAAUUGCAGUAAAUGAAGUGGUUGUGUCACGUGUUGGUGACAGUAUAACAAUAGGCUGUCAGAUGGUAUCACCUAUGUAUGUUAUGGAAUACUGUUCAUUUAAGCAACCUGAUGGAAAUGUAUUUGGACCUCUUGGAAAUGCAACAUCUUACGUACACAUUAUGGAAGCUGGUCUCUGUCAAUUGAGUAUCAAGAGUGUGGAAAUGAGGGAUCUUGGAGAAUGGACAUGUACAGUAAAGAUAAAAAGUCAAGAAGAUGAAAUAUCAACCACUACCAUCAUUCAGUUUUCAGCAAAUCCUUCAGUAGCUUCAGCAGGUGUGGGUGCAGCUGUUGGCAUAGCAGUUCUGGUAGCAGCAAUAAUUGGGUUAUGCUUUAUACGAAGAGUCUGCCAACAAAAAAAUUCUAAUAUUACAGGGGAACAUCCUGAAGGAGAAGAAAUUGAAAUGCAGCAGGCAGAAUAGGUUAUUUCACAUGUGCCUCCAGAACAUGGCAUGCUGAGUACUAUUGUCAAAGUGGGAAUGAUAGUUGAACAUAUAAAUCUCUAGUAUGGUAUUAUAAUUAACUAUUUUUAUGAAUUAUCAUUUAUUUAUGCACUGAAGAUUACUUACAUCAUACAAGCAUUUUUGUGCCUGGCUACUAGUUUUUCACAAUUAGUCACGACCAUUUGUCAUGUUUUUAUGAACACUUUCAGAGUGACAGAGCUGCACAGAGAAAGAAUUACUAAGUUUGUACAUUAACUGUCUGUAUUUUAUGCUAAUAAAUUAAUUUGGCUCCUAUUAGUAUUAUGCACCAUAUUCUGUGAAUUACGGCAUGACUGAGAAUAUUUAUGAAUUUGAAACUAUUCAAGGAGUACAUUAGUCAAGACACGUUUGUACAGUAACUGUCUGUAUUUUAUGCCAGUAAUUACACAAAUGCUGAAGUAACUUGAAAUACUAUCAUCUGUAAGAAUGGAAGGAAACGAAAACCUUAAAAAAUACCCAUUAGGAAGAUGAUCAGCUUACCAGUUUCAUAGAAACAUAUUGUAUGAUUUUUCUAAGACAAAAUCCAGUGAAUAACUAAUGGAAAAGGACUUACAUAUACCUUUCCUUUGAAAUUUUGUGGUAGAAAAUAUUAUGUUUCAUUGUGUAAUGUUUGUAUAAAAUAUGUGGUAGCUAAUAAAUUCAUUUGGCUGCUGUUAGUAAUAUACAUCAUAUUCUGUGAAUUGCAGCAUGACUGAGAAUAGUUAUGAAUUUGAAACUAUUCAAGGAGUACAUUAGUCAAGACAAACAACUGAAUUUAUUAAAUUAACUGACAUCAUUGGUGGUUUUGUGCAUGGAAUAUGAAGACAAGGUGUUUUCUUUCAUUUUUACACAUUUAAAAUAGUUAUAAAUGUACAUUAUUUGCUUUUGCUGCUAUUAUUUAGUGCUAAUGGGUACUUCACCUGGAGGUUGAAAAGAAAGAAAAAUCUAUUUACUAUAGGUAUGGAGUUUUCUUUGUAUGUACUAAUGGGCUUUGUAUAGAUUUGAAUUGUGAAAAAUCUGACCCUUCUCAUUAAAUCUUCUUUUAUGAAGAUUCUGUGUGUGUGUGUGUGUCUUGAAAUCUGGAAAUGUGAAAUUGUAAUCAGUAUUUUGUUGCAUAUAUUAUUAUAUCUAGUUUAUCCUUCUGUAACCAGUAGUGUCUAAUACUAACACUAACCUUUAAGAAUAGAAAAUUAUAUAGUCAUAUUAACAGUAUGUUGCUGGAAAUUGAUGUAAGUAUCUUUCCCCAGCGGCAAACAUCACAUCCUACAAAUGAAAUGUUCUUGAAUAUAAUGACUUACCCUAUAAACAUAUAUGCAGAUGUAGUUUGCACUUUAGUAAAGAUGUUAUUACUGAUUAAUCCAUGAUCAAGGGUGUCAGACCUAAAUUGCAAAAUUUGCUAUUGCAUGGAGACAUUAUUGGUCAAUAGAAGUUUUGAAAUGCAACAUCCUGAAAUACUCAACGUAAUUUUAUUAAAGGCAAAAAUUCUCAUCAUAAAUGGUAUAUCAUCUGGAGGAUUGUCUUCUGGUUUCUGGUCAAUGAAACCAGAACAAGUACAUCCUAGUCAGACUGGUAGUUUUUAUGUUUGUGGUUAUGUCCCACAAGUACACAUGUGUAUGAGCAGAAAUGAAAAUGCUAUAUGGACAUUUCUUUGGUUAAAACUUGUGAUUAAGGGCUGAAAAAAUCUUAAAAACAAAUUGUAAUAGAAGUGAAACAGCAGUAAAAUAAGAUACCAGUAUGCGAAAAACACGUUAGCAAUAUGUUUGAAUAUACACCAUCAUAAUUAGGAAAUAAAAUAUAAUGAUAAUUUAUCAUAGUUUGAAUCUUCACUGUAUAAAAUCUUACAAGAUGCGUGGUACAAGGGAAAAUUCACCAAAAUGAUAGGCAUAUUAACUAAACCUCCAUUUUCCUGCCUCUCCACCCUCUAUCUGAGGCUUUUAUGGCAGUCUCAUGAUAAUGCAAAGAUAAGAUAUCAUUUGGAAAUUUGUCAAAUUUACACAAUUGUUUUAGAAAUUUGCAUUUAUUGAAUAAUAUAUGUAUUUGAUGAUUCAUAUGUUAUUGUAGUUGUGUAUAAUACUUCUAUUCUGAGCACUUAUAAAUGUUUCUCUACUCUUUACAAAUACUUAAAGCUUAGUAAAUACUUGUCAUGUUAUUAAAUGUAUGUAUCAAUACUGUUUAAUAAAAUGUAAAAAUAUAUACCAAUCCUAGGUAGGUCAACCUUUCUCAGUUCUGUUGCAAUACACUGUGAGAUACCACUUUAUGCUUGUAGUUGUAAUGAGCAGUGCCAAUAGAAAAGUACAAAGCAUUCAUUUUUUCAGCAAAUGAAAAAUUAGUGAGUCAGAGGGAAAAUCUUCAAACUCCACUAAGUCAGUUAUGCGGUUGCAUGCAUUGUCAACGUAUUCCAAUGAUAAACUUCUCACAUGAUUAUCUGUCAUGGUAUCA